AUGGCUAGUCACAUGCCCGUUGAAGAGGAGCAUCGUGAACAGCAGAAAAUACUUAAAAGGUUUACGCCCGCCGCUUUUUCUCCGCCUGGAUACAGAGGCCAUAUGGAAUCGUCCAGUUUAAUGCGCAGCAGACAACUUAGCCGAAGACCUAAAGUCCGAGGCCCCUCCAAGCCAGCAGUAAGGAGGCGGGUUGGUAAUUUCGGCUCGCAGGUGCCAGUCAGAAAUCGGGAUGCUACAUAUGACGGCGUUUACUCUACAGGGCAAAACAGUCGCCGUCACAACAAGCGUCCUAGUAAUCGUCCCGCCUCGGUUUCGCCAUCGCCUAUUGAAGCUGGAGGAUCCAGAUGGGUAUCGCUGCCUCCUGCUUGUCCUGGUGGGAUAACGGGCCUGGCGGGCGCCUGGCAAGCAGGCCUCCUUUUCUACUCGGUUUGUGAAAGCCAUGAAUCUCAGAUGUCUCGUCUAGAGGUAAUUGACCUUCGGAAUGCGGACGCUUCCACAGCUGCAGCUACAGCAUUCCGCGCGCCCAUCGAAGAUAGGUAUCUUGCUGAACCGGAUAGCGAAGGGAAAACAGUGGCCGCGAGAGAGAUAUUUUCGAAAUUGCCUUGGCAACAUCGACUAGAAAGGCGUCAUUCCAAACAGCCUAAUCGUCAACUUGCAUAUACCAAAAACAUACUGCAUCAGCGGCACUUUGUACGGCCUUCGGCUGAUUCCCACUUGAACCUCAUGCCACGGACUUCAAGCUAUGACACUGAUCAACCCCAUUCUCGAUCUUCCAACAGGGCUCAGCUCACCAGCAACAUACAGGCUGAUGGAACAGACUUGCCUUCAUCUGGUGAUUGGCCAAAUUCGUCUAUGCCUUCAGACAAAGAAAUGGAGGCCCUUACGCCUAGGAUUAGAAGACAGGCGAGUUUUUAA